AUGGAAGGCUACGGUAGAGAUUAUGCAAAAAACUCCAAUAUUCCAGUUGAGCAUUUAGAUUAUUCUUAUAUCAAAAAUUGCAACAAUGCUAAAGAGCUGGAAAAAAUUAUAAAAGUCCUACGAUCGGGAGAUGAAGGUUUAUAUCCUGAUUUAAUUGAAUUUGCUGAAAAGAAACUAGAAACCGUUAAUCCUAAAAGUAAAAUGCUAUGGAAAGAGAAACCUGCUGUUAAAACGUCUCAACUAGAGAAGAAUCAACGUGAUACACUCAUUCAAGAUAUGGAAGAAUGGAUGACUUCAAUAGCAGCAACAGAUGAUCACUUAAAAUCCAAGUCUAUGUCAAAGGAAGCGUUUGAUGAUGUACCCGCAUCAAAUAAGAAGGAUGCAGAUGCCAGUCUUAAGAAAAGUGAUAACAAUGCCGGGAAACCUCCUGCACCAAGGAGUUAUUCUGAAUGGGAUAAAAUAAAUAUUGAUGAGGAGUUGGCUAAGGUCGGUAACGAUAAUAAGGACACAAAAUCGGUGAGAAAGCCUACAGGAUUAGAUGAUAAUGAGCUGAUAAUGAAGGCCAAUAGGGAAAAGGAUAAAGGAAAUGAAGCUUUUAAAGCAGGAGAUUAUAAUGAAGCUAUCGUAUAUUAUGAUAGGAGUAUAUCUCUUAUUCCAACUGCUGCUGCUUAUAAUAAUCGAGCAUUAGCAGCAUUGCGAAUGAAGGACUAUGUUAAAACAAUUGAAGAUUGUACGAAGGUAAUAGAGAUGGAGCCACGUAACUCUAAGGCGUAUUUGCGUCGAGGUAUUGCAAAGAAGGAAAGGAAAGAACUGAAAAGUGCAAAACUAGACUUUGAAACUGUUCUAACAUUUGAUCCCGAAAAUAAAAAAGCUAUGGAACUACUAAAAGACUUAAAAGAUGAAAGUUCUAAGGAACAAUCCAAUACUGAAAAUGAAGCCGAUAUUAAUUCUAAGCCUAAAGAAAAAAAAAAGGGUCGCCGUAUGGUAAUAACAGAAGUCAAUGAAGAUACAGAAUACUCUGACACAAUUAACUUACGAAAUGAGGAAAAAUCACAAACUGAUGAUGUCAAAUCUAGUAUUCAAUCAGCUGGUGAUUCACUAACAAAUCAUACCACAGACGAUAAACAGGAAUCUGAUUCACCUAUAAUUAUAAACGAAAAUGCGAUCUCCCCUAAAUCAGAGGUUAUUGACGAAGGGAUUACAUCUACGAUAACAAAAAUCACUAACGAGAGUACGGAACUAAGUGCUAUGGAAAAUGAUAAAUCUCAGGAUCCCAUUAUCACACCAGAGCCUAAUUACACGCCCACAGUGGCAGUUCAGCCAGAACCAGAAAUACCAGAGGGAAUUCUUACUAUUAAAGAUGAGGGAAAUUUACUCUAUAAAAACGGCCAAUACGGAGAGGCAUUGAAAAAGUACUCUCUAGCAAUUGAUUUACUUAAAAAAGAAACAAGGGUAAAUCAAACUGCACUAGCAUCGUUAUUGAACAAUAGAGCUGCGUGCCACCAUCGUAUUGGAGACUGUCGAAAUUGUAUUAUUGACUGUUCGGAAUCUCUCGAUAUUAUACCGAAUGCAAUUAAGCCAUUGAUGAGAAGAGCAGCUUCUUACGAAAUCCUUGAAAAAUAUCGUAAGGCAUUUCUGGACUAUAGAUCCGUAAAUGUAAUUGAUAGGAGCAACAAAAAUGCUUCAGAUGGUAUUUCAAGAGUGUCACGUGCGUUACGUAACAUCGAUGGGCCUAAAUGGCGUGAUAUAAUUGACGGUAAUAUUUCCUCCAAUGUUGAAGAAAACACAGGCAAAGCCAAAAUUACCAAUAAUGAGAUUCCUUCACCUAAAUCCGAUUCAAAUUACACAGAGGAAUAUUAUAUUCAAAUGAAAGAAAAAGGAAAUUCCUACGUAAAAAAGGGAAAUUAUGAGGAGGCUAUUAAGUCAUAUACACAAUGUAUAUUAGUACGUCCAAAUGAGGUGGCACCUUAUACAAAUAGAGCUCUUUGCUAUCUAAAAACGAGCCAAGCCGCUUUGGCUGAAGCGGAUACUGAAACAGCUUUAAAGGUUGAUCCUUCGAAUGUAAAAGCAUUAUUCAGACGAGCUUUAUCGAGAAUUGCUUUGGAAAAUUAUAAAGAGGGAAUUCGCGACUUAAAUUUGUUAUUAAAGAUUGAACCAUCGAAUGUAGCUGCUAGGAAAGAGCUAGACAAGGCGAAGCAGAAAUGGCUGAAGGAAAUGCAUAAUUCAAGUCAAAAUGAAAAUUCUACCUCUAAUAAAAAAACAACGGAAAAUAUAUCUACAAAAAAUAAAGAAACUACAGAUAAAGUAAGCAAUAAGCAACAGAACAUACCACGAAAACGAAUGCAAAUAGAAGAAAUAAAUGAAGAUGAAGAUGAGGUGGUUCCUACGGAAGUUUUAAGCGAGCCGACGAAAUUUGACACACACCGAUUUAAGAAUUCUGCGAAAGAUCGUACGAAGGAUAAAGAUUAUAAAAAUCAGAGUUUCAAAUCUAAUCAGCAAGUUCCAACCCAUCAAGAAAAGCACGAAUUAAGAUCGGGCAAUCCAUAUGAAUUCCUCAAGGCAUGGGAGACAGUUCGCAAGACAACGAAUUCAACAGUUGAUUACGCUAGAUUGCUUAGGCAGAUAUCCCCUAGCUCUCUUGUUAAGGUUAUUAGCAACGGUCUUGAAGCAGAUACACUUGUGUCAAUCAUAAAAACUUUAUUAGAACAAUUUAAAGAUAGCAACGAUGAUAUCUUAACUUCGUACGAAAUUCUGAAGUACCUCUCGAAAGUUCCAAGAUUCGAAAUGUCACUACUUUUUCUCAGUGCCUCUGAGAAGCUAAAUAUUAAGCAAGCCUUUAGUAACAUAGUAAUGGCUAAUCACCCUAAAGUAAAGACCGAAGACCUGACUGCUCUACGGGCCUUAUACAAAGUAUAA